CCGUUCACCCGCCUGCUCCCCCCACCUCCCUCUUUCUCUCACUCUCGGCGACAACCGGGCGACCCGCCGCCGCCGCCCUACCCUAGGUGCCCAGGUCUUCGCCGUUCACUCCGCGAGGUCUUCCCCGGAGACGAGCACCCACCAGAAUGAGGCCAGUUUUUUGUGGAAACCUUGACUAUGAUGUUCGCAUCUCUGAGGUCGAGCGCCUUUUCGGGAAGUAUGGAAGGGUGGAACGAGUGGAUCUGAAGACAGGAAUAUCAUGGAGCAUAUGUGCUCUUCCUGGUUGGACUGGCUCUACCUUUACUGCCUCUGCCUGAGCCCCCACCUCAUGCCUUGUCCAUCUCCAGGAGUUCACAGUCCACCAUGGCAUCUGUUCACAUGGAAACGACCACCUCGUGACCGAUGUCUUACUUUUACGAUCAACAUUGCAUCCUCCUCCCCCGCCUCAUCACCAUUUCCUCGCCAAUCCAACCAUGCCAAUCUCAUGGCCGGCUGGAGAGUGGAGAGAAGUGGAGGGUUUGCAUUUGUCUACAUGGAAGAUGAACGUGAUGCUGAAGAUGCCAUCCAUAGACUUGAUGGAAUUGAUUUUGGCAGAAAAGGAAGGAGAAUCAGAGUUGAGUGGACAAAGGAGGAUCGCACUGCUGGUCGAAGAGGCAGCUCAAGGAGAUCUCCAACACAAGCAAGGCCGACCAAAACCUUAUUUGUGAUCAACUUUGACCCAAUCAACACAAGAAUUCGAGAUCUGGAGAGGCACUUUGAUAAAUAUGGCAGGGUUGCAAAUGUAAGAAUCAAAAAGAACUUUGCCUUUGUCCAGUUUGAGGUGCAGGAGGAUGCUACUAGAGCAUUGGAGGGUACUAAUGGAAGCCAUUUCAUGGACAGGGUCAUCUCAGUUGAGUAUGCACUUCGUGAUGACGAUGAAAAAGGUGAAAGAGGGAACGGAUACAGCCCAGACAGGAGAGGUCGUGAAAGAUCUCCAGGUAGAAGGCGUUCUCCUAGUCCUUACGGCAGAGGGCGGGAGAGAGGUAGCCCAGACUACGGAAGAAGCAAGGAGAGGGGUAGCCCAGACUAUGGCAGGGGAGGACGCAGCCCUGAUAAUGGCCGUGGAGGACACAGCCCCGAGAAUGGCCGUGGAGUAAGCCCAGCCAAUGGUGGCAGAGGCGAUCAUGGCAGGGGAGGACGCAGCCCUGACUAUGAUCGCGAGCGUCGGGAAGCUAGCCCUCGCCGUGAGCGCCGAGAAGCCAGCCCCGGCUAUGACAGGUCCCCCAGCCGCUCACCUGGGAGGGACGAGAGAGACUAGACGCAUUCCAUGCCUGUGCUCAAGCAUCAAGCCUCCGGCAACAGAUGAAUGUGCAAGUAAUGUUAUGUUGAAGUUGGUGAUGUUAGCCAGCAGGAAACCUGUGUACUAUGUGCGUUAGGUGGUGUUGACUUUCCAAGUUAGCUUAUCACUUCCCAUUUCAGUAUGAAGCGACUCCAGAAUGUAAUUCAUGUAGGACUGAAUGGUACUCGUUUGAACUUUUGUUGGCGUUGUAGUAUUGAAUAGGUUUCAGUACUCGAUUGAACCUUUGUUGCGUUAUUUUCUGGCUACCGAUUGUACCAUUAUGCUGAUGAAUCUUUACAUUGCUACAUCUGUCAAGUGGGUGCUGUUAUGCAAGAGUCGACGUUAUCUUC